GCCGCCGCUGCUGCUGCCGAUCCGGUAGCGGUGAGAGACGGGGCCGGGACGGCGGGAGGAGGAGAGUUGGAAGAAUCCAGGGAUUUCAAGCUUUGAAUAACAGGUAUCUUACAAAAUCACCACAGCUAAACUGAAAAAGCAGAUGCAUCUCAGAGUACCUGUUUGAGUGAGCUGGUGUGUGCACCGCAUGUACAUGAAAACGCACAUGUUUUUGUCAUCGCAUAGACUUACUCCUGCAUAUUCCUGAGAGCUUUGCAAUUGAUGAAAAUUAAUUUGAGAACCAGAUGGAGCACCUUUACAGCACAGCAAUCAGUAAUCCAUGGAAAGACACCUGUUAGUAAUGUUCAACUUCCCACAUGGUCUUCACGGGUGAAAACAGUUUGCAAGAAGAGGAAGAAAAAACACCCUCUGCACAGAAAAAGCCUAACAAAUACCUCCACAAUCUAAAUUAAUAGCUGUGAGGAAAACAAGAAAAAUACAGAGGGUAGAGGAAACUGACUUUGUUAUUGCAGAGAAAUAAUGUAUGGUCUUUGGCACGUUUUGCUUUGGGCUCAAUAGAUUGUGAAUAGACUAAUAAAUCGUGACCACAUGUUGAGUAAUGAUGACUGGAAGUAAAUAAGUUGAGGAACUAUGGGACAACUCUGGGCAUUGAACUGAGCAAACCUCAUCGUCCUUCUUGAGUUAACCAGUUCAUCAAACUGGUGCAUAUUCUUUCUCCCUCUCCUUUUUCCUCUUUUCACUUAGUGUGGUAUAAAUACUAAUUAAUUGAGCUCAUAAAUGUUAUUCAAAUAAAACGAUUGGAAUACUUCAUAUGUUUCCUUCUUGUACAGCUGCAAAUGUUGUGUCUGGAACUAUGAAUCUGUGCUGUAGACAAGCAUCAAGAAGGAAAGAUCCGAUCAAAGAAGCAAGGAAAAUACCUAGAGAAAUAGAGAACCCAGGAAGUCAGAUUUUUAAUGCUGCUUCUCUUUCUUUUUUAGAUGAUUAUAUUUCUUCCUUCCUUGAAUUUUAGAAGAUUUUGAAAGAGUGCUUACUUGAUGUGCUUUAACUGUGGCAUUUGUUUUUUUAUGAUAGGAGGAAAAAUCUGUGAUUCCUUGUAGCAGAAAAAAGGGAAAAGUGAAGGAAAAACAGCUUGACAUUUUAGCCUGUUUCAGAGGAGAGAGAACUUCAUGGUUCACCUGAGGCAAACUUAUCUGCUUGAAAGCUAAAAGCUUUAGAGCAUUUUUGAUUCUGCUAUAAAUGAAGAGGGGGUUUCUUUUUCAUUUGUGUGUGGCAGCAAAGAGUGGGAAAGCAGGCAAGAUAGCGUGAUAAACAGUUCAGGCUGUGUUGGGUCUCUGGUGGAAAAAAAGUGCUGCAAUGAAAAGUGGAUUGGCUUUGGACUACAAAAACUUUUGAGUCCAACAAGCGGUUCAGUACCAAGAGGGAUUUCCCAGCUGGCCUGGCACACCAGUGUCUGCACAAGUUCGGGUCUGUUGUUUCGCACGGUUUUGUGUGCCUUUUUUUCCCUUUAUGCAAUCUCUUUCAGCUUUAGCAGCAGAAAUACAUCAGAUGGAAAAGAUAUGCCAGAGGGCAGCUUGGAAAAGAUGAAUGUCAUAUAUAUACAUAUAUAUGUAUGUGCGUGUGUUUAAAUUUCUGCAACUGAACUUUUGAAGAAAAUCUGUCUGGAGGAAAUCUUAAAAGCCUUAAGUUACUUGAAACCUACACAUUUGCAACUCUUUGUCUCUGGAAUUGCAUUACGCUAAACUGGAAUCUCAGGCUGUAUAAAGAUUAUAUCAAGUUGAGCAAAAAGAUGACUUAACCAUUUCUUGAGCGCCUCUUAUGAAGUAGCUGUUUCUCCAAAGGAUAAGUGCACCCUCACUCUACAGACUCAAACAAAAAUGAACCUGAAUUUUUUUUUAAGUGUUACUUUUUCUUAGCCAACUGCCAUCAUCUUUUAUAGAGGAAUUUUUCACUAUGCAUUUGGUGGAUAUUUAUAAACACUGACCCCAUCCUCCUCCCUUUCAAUGAUCUAUCCCAGGUCAGUCUUAUCAAUAAAAAAGAAAAAAAAAUUGAUUUAAAUUUUGUGCACUAGACAUAUUACUUUCUUAUGUCAAAAAAUAAAAUAUUUCAAAAGCAUGUAUGCAGCAGUGGAACAUGGGCCUGUUCUCUGCAGCGAUUCCAACAUCCUCUGCCUCUCCUGGAAAGGGAGAGUCCCCAAAAGUGAGAAGGAGAAACCAGUGUGCAGGAGGCGGUACUAUGAGGAAGGCUGGUUGGCGACAGGCAAUGGCAGAGGAGUUGUAGGUGUCACUUUUACUUCCAGCCAUUGCAGGAGGGACCGGAACACCCCUCAGAGAAUCAACUUCAAUUUGAGGGGCCACAACAGCGAGGUUGUACUGGUGAGAUGGAAUGAACCAUUCCAGAAAUUAGCAACCUGCGAUGCAGAUGGAGGAAUAUUUGUUUGGAUACAAUAUGAAGGCAGAUGGUCAGUGGAACUUGUGAAUGAUCGUGGGGCACAGGUAAGCGACUUUACAUGGAGCCAUGAUGGGACUCAAGCACUUAUCUCCUAUAGAGAUGGAUUUGUGCUGGUUGGUUCAGUCAGUGGACAGAGACACUGGUCUUCAGAAAUAAACUUGGAGAGUCAGAUCACCUGUGGCAUAUGGACUCCAGAUGACCAACAGGUACUGUUUGGCACUGCUGAUGGGCAAGUUAUCGUCAUGGAUUGCCAUGGCCGAAUGCUGGCCCACGUGCUCCUUCAUGAAUCAGAUGGCAUCCUCAGCAUGUCCUGGAACUACCCUAGCUUCCUGGUGGAGGACAGCAGUGAGAGCGACACAGACUCUGAUGACUAUUCCCCACCACAAGACGGACCAGCUGCGUAUCCAGUCCCAGUACAGAACACCAAGCCACUACUUACUGUCAGCUUCACGUCGGGAGACAUCAGUUUAAUGAACAAUUACGAUGACUUAUCUCCUACUAUCAUCCGCUCAGGGUUGAAAGAUGUGGUGGUGCAGUGGUGUACACAAGGAGACCUACUGGCAGUAGCAGGCAUGGAGAAGCAAAACCAGCUGGUUGACCUAAGUAAUGGUUCCCUUUUGAAAAGUGCACUUGUCAAGUUCUACAAUGUGCGUGGGGAACAUAUCUACACUCUGGAGACACCUGUGCAGCGUCCCAUCAUCUCCAUCUGUUGGGGUCACAGAGAUUCACGUCUGCUGAUGGCUUCCGGACCUGCAUUGUACGUUGUCAGAGUGGAGCACAGGGUCUCCAGCCUGCAGCUGCUGUGCCAGCAGACCAUUGCUAGCUGCCUGCGGGAUGACAAGGAUAUCAGCAAACUGACCCUGCCCCCUCGGCUCUGCUCAUACCUCACCACUGCCUUUAUACCAACAAUCAAGCCUCCUAUCCCAGACCCAAACAACAUGAGAGAUUUUGUCAGCUACCCAACAUCUGGUAAUGAACGGCUUCACUGCACGAUGAAGCGGACAGAAGAUGACCCAGAGGUUGGUGGUCCAUGUUAUACUCUGUACCUGGAAUACCUUGGGGGACUGGUGCCUAUACUGAAGGGACGUCGCAUUAGCAAGUUGCGGCCGGAGUUUGUCAUCAUGGAUCCUAAAACAGAUGGAAAAGCAGAUGAAAUCUAUGGAAACAGCUUGAUUUCCACUGUGAUUGACAGCUGCAACUGCUCUGACUCCAGUGAUAUCGAACUGAGUGAUGACUGGGCAGCAAAGAAAUCUCCCAAAAUCAGUCGAGCUAGCAAAUCACCCAAACUCCCCAGAAUCAACAUAGAAGCCCGCAAAUCUCCAAAGAUGUCACGAGCUGCACAGGAGAUAUCAAGAUCACCAAGGCUGCCAAUAAGGAAACCUUCUAUUGGUUCACCAAGCCUAACCCGAAGAGAGUUUCCUUUAGAAGAUAUUACCCAGCACAACUACCUUGCUCAGGUCACAUCUAAUAUCUGGGGAACCAAAUUUAAAAUCGUGGGUUUGGCUGCUUUCCUACCAACUAACCUUGGUGCAGUAAUAUAUAAAACCAGUUUGCUGCAUCUGCAGCCCAGGCAGAUGACAAUAUAUCUCCCAGAAGUGCGGAAGAUUUCAAUGGACUACAUUAACCUGCCUGUCUUUAAUCCAAAUGUUUUCAGUGAAGAUGAAGAUGAUUUACCAGUGCCGGGCGCUCCGGGCGCCCCAGCCAGCAGCCCUCCGUGCACCGUCAACAUCCCCAUCGCCCCCAUCCACAGCUCGGCACAGGCCAUGUCGCCCACCCAGAGCAUCGGCCUCGUCCAGUCGCUGCUGGCCAAUCAGAACGUGCAGCUGGAUGUGUUGACCAAUCCGCCGGCGGAAGCGGGGGGCGAGGGGGCGGGGCCAUUCCCAGGGCCUCCGGGCCGCUUCCCCGGGCCCGGGGCAGGGCAGCUGGCCGGAGCGGGGGGCGAUAUGGGCCGCUCUGCCCCUGUGCCCCCGGCCCUCGCCCCGCCACCUCCCGCUCCCCCCGCCAUCACCCUGGCCGACCUGCGGGACCAUGGCGACCGUGAGCACGAGCCCCUGCCCAAGGCCAAGGCUCCACGGCCCUCGCCACAGCUGGUGGAAGGGGACGCUGUCAUCUUCGGAACCACUCCGGAGCUGCAGCUGAACAAGAUGAAUCCGCCGCCACCCUACCCUGGCACCAUCCCCACUGCACCUCCUGCUGCCCUGCCACCACCACCUGCCCCCCCACAGCCGCCCCUCGACCUCUGCCUGAAAAAGGGUGAGUUCUCCCUUUACCCAGCAGGGCACUACCAGACACCACUGGGUUACGAGCGGAUAACCACGUUUGACAGCAGCGGGAACGUGGAGGAGGUGUGCCGGCCUCGCACCAGGAUGCUCUGUGCGCAGAGCACGUACACCCUGCCAGGGCCCGGCAGCUCCGCCACCUUGCGUAUCACCGCUGCUGAGAAGAAGAUGCAGCAGCCCUGCACCAGCGCCACCCUGAACCGACUCACGGUCCCCCGUUACUCCAUCCCAACCGGGGACCCACCGCCCUACCCUGACAUUGCCAGCCAGCUGGCCCAGGGCAGAAGCAUCACACAGAGGCUGGACAGCAGUAUCAUUCACGCGACUCUGCGGAGGAACAGCAGAGAGGCAGCCUUGAAAAUGGCUCAGCUGGUGGAUGGUCAGAGAGCCACCUUGCAACUUCCCCCAAAAGCCAAGAACAAUGUUGUGACAGCACAGUACCAGCAAAGAGUACCCACAGCCUUGUACACCUGCAGCCAGUGCAGCAGCAACAACAGCAGUGGUGGUGGCAGCAACUCAAGCAGUGGUGUUGUGGGCAGCAUCACUAGUGCCAACGCUAGUAGCAGCACUUCUAGUAUUGGUGGCAUGAGAUCUGAUCUGAGCACGGGCAGUGCCUCCCAGCACAGCUCCGUCAUGGCUCACUCUGUCAGUACUUCGCCUCUGGCCUCCCAGUCGUCCUACAGCUUGCUGAGCCCACCUGAUAAUUCCCGUGACCGAGCGGAUUAUAUCAACUCCGCCUUCACGGAGGAUGAGGCUCUAUCUCAGCACUGCCCAGUGGAGAAAUCAAUACGGCACGUGCCUGUGUCCCUGGCAGAGGCUGCCCUCAGUGUAAAACGGCCACCACCGUACCAGUGGGACCCUAUGGUGAGUGAAGAGAUAUGGGUUCCUCAGGAAAGGACAUCUCAGAGCUCAGUGCCCAACCCUCUAAAACCGACUCCUCUUAUCAUUGGUCAAGCUCAACAUCUGGAUAUGUCUCGAGUACCGUUUGUUUCCCCCAAAUCUCCAACCAGUCCCACUGCCACUUUCCAGACGAGUUAUGGGGUUGGAGUACCUUACCCAGGAAACUACAGUGCCCCUCCCCUUCAGGGAAUGCAGCCUCCCUGCUCCCCCAAAGAAGCUCUGGCUCCAACACAGUUUGCACAGCAGGAGCCCACAGUUGUGCUUCAGCCAGGUUAUCCAUCCAACCUCUCCUAUUGCCCUUUGCCACCCAUGUACCCGGGAAGUAGCGCCUGCUCUAGUUUACAGCUGCCACCAAUCGCCUUGCACCCAUGGAGUUCCUACAGCACCUGCCCACCCGUACAGAACCCCCAGGGCACCUUGCCCCCCAAACCGCUCCUUGUGGUGGAAAAGCCGGUGAUGUCUCCCCCGCCGGCAGAGCUGCAGGGCCAUGUGGGCACAGAGGUGAUGGUGGAGACAGCGGACACCUUCCAGGAAGUGCUCUCGUUGACAGAAAGCCCUGUUCCUCAAAGGACAGAUAAAUUUGGCAAGAAGAGCCGGAAGCGCCUGGACAGUCGAGCUGAGGAAGGCAAUGUGCAGGCUAUCACUGAGGGCAAGGUCAAAAAGGAGGCAAGGACACUGACUGACUUCAAUUCGCUAAUAUCCAGCCCUCGGCUGGGGAGGGAGAAGAAGAAGGUUAAGAGCCAGAAAGACCAGCUGAAAUCCAAGAAGCUAAACAAGACAAACGAGUUUCAGGACAGUUCAGAGAGUGAGCCAGAGCUGUUUAUCAGUGGGGAUGAACUAAUGAACCAGAGCCAGGGCAGCAAAAAAGGUUGGAAAACCAAAAGGAGUUUGAGGACAGCCAGUGAGCUGGAUGAAUUCAAGUGCCGGAAGGCCAGUGAGAAGGAGGAUGGCAGGCUGGGGAGCCAGGGAUUUGUAUAUGUGAUGGCCAACAAGCAGCCGCUUUGGAAUGAGGCGACACAAGUCUACCAGCUGGACUUUGGAGGGCGGGUGACCCAGGAGUCAGCCAAAAACUUCCAGAUUGAGCUGGAAGGACGACAGGUGAUGCAGUUUGGAAGGAUUGAUGGCAAUGCUUAUAUUUUGGACUUUCAGUAUCCAUUUUCUGCAGUGCAAGCCUUUGCUGUUGCUCUGGCUAAUGUGACUCAACGCCUCAAAUGAACAAGCAGAGACUGGAGAGAGGAAAAUGUUGACCUUCUCAGAAAGUCCAAACCGGAAAAUGUCAGGGCAGCCUGCUUUAGGUGUGCAGAGGUGCCUGGGAGCAAAGAAGGCAGUAAAACUGGAAAAGUCUCUUGGUGCCCAACAGAAGGGCAUUAACUCUAAUCAGUCAUGGGGUAGAGGGGGGGGGGCUGUUUUCUGUUUCGUUUGUUUGUUUGUUUUCAGGUGUUUGGUUUUUUUCCUUUGAAGCAUUGUGCUGGGUCUCAGAAAGAGCGAAGGGUUGAGAGCCAUUUGGUGUUACUUGGAGAAGUGUGGCUUUUGGCUUGUUGUGGUGGUUCUGCCGUGUUUGCUACAGUAGCUCAUGUAAGCUCAUAGGGGGAUUAAAAAAGACUGCUCUUUUUGAUAGACUGCCUUAUAUCAUGUUGUUCUUUUUAAAACAGGGAACAUAACUUUUUUUCUGGUCCAGUUUGUACUACUACUACAUCAGUGAUAGCAGCAAAAAAAAGGAAAAAAAAAAAGCUAUAAUACUUGAAGACACGUGUUUCUUCUUUGAUACUAACUGAGCAUCACAGGUUCCAAGGAGGCAUAUGUAGGUCAAUGUUUAAUUUAUAAAUAACAAUGUAUUAUUAAGAAGAGAAACAGCUGUUACCAGUGGGUGAUUUAAAACCCCACUGUAUUGGAGAAGUUGAUGUCUGCUUGUUUUGUGUGCUGUUGUUGGGGAUAAACAUCUUUCAGUAGGUGACGGAAGAUAAAGGAGUAAUUACAAGCAUUGCUUCUUUUGUUAUUGGGGGAUAAACAUCUUUCGGUGGGUAACACAAAAAAGGGAGGAAGUAAUCAGGAGCACCGCUUCUUUGCUCAUACUGAUCAGCAGUAUUCUCUGAUUUGGUAGCUGGGAGAGGUACAGUGUGAGCAGGUGUACCUACUGAGGCCACACCUGUACGUGCUCCUCAUUUAAACGUGUUUACACUUCAUAAACAAAGCAGGUGAGAAGGCCCAGUGUAUUCAGUCUUCUUAGCAAUCAGUAUGAAUCAAGUUCUACAGCAGUGUAGAGGAAGGAGACGGAAGUGUAACAAGUCAUGGCAAGCAGCAAUUUCAUGAGGAAAGUAGUUUCAGUACAGGAAACAACAUCAUGGCUGGCUGGAGAACAAAUGAGUUGAAAGAGGAAGAUAAAAAUGGACAGAAUCAUCCCCUCUUAUCAUCUUGCUACUUGACUAGUCUUUGUGACUGUGGUUUGAGAAUAUAAUGCUCCAGCUAAGGGCAGGAAGCCAAGUUUACAUGGAGUAUUACAAAGGAAGGGUUCAUAACAGUAGCAUGACUCUCUGCAGUUCUUUCUGGUGGACAUGCAGACCUGUUGUGCAUUUCAGAAGGGUUACUUGCACAGAAGAGUUUCUGUGUUGUCAAUGUGUUGUGCACAUGCUUAUUUGCUUUCUUUUUCCUCCUUGCGUGCAUUUUUAUAUGAAGUAGUUUGCUCAGUAACACACAAACCCCAAAACUAUUGAUGUUAUUAUUUGGACAUUAGAUUACAAAAUGUAACUGCAGAUUUCCUUCAGAAAUUCCUCCUUUAAGUGAAAGGCACACUGAGAAAGUUAUGUUGGUUGAGGUGUCAGUGGCUGCUUUGUCUUUCAUCCAUGGUUUAACUUCUCACUUGAAAAACUUGUUAUAACUUAAGAUGAAUAGGUGUUCUUUUCCCUCUUAAAUCCUAAUGGUAGGGCAGGUGUGUGUUCCAUUUGGUUCAUUCUAGAGGAACAUAUAGCAUAACAUACUGCAUAGGACCCUGCUGUAUUAGAGGUUAUCAGCAUGCAGUGAGUUUACACCUGCUCUGCUGAGGCUUCUAGAACUGUACAGCACACAAGGAGUAAUGCCAGUCAGGAGGGAGUUUCAGAGGGUUGCCAAGGGAGGUAAUGAGGCAGAUCAUCCACAGGUAAUGUGCAGCAGGGUAAGUCCAGGAAAAACGACAUGCAAGAUUAUUUCUUUAGAGAGAGGAAGCAGAGGUAGGAAGGAAGGAUGGGGGAAGUAGAUGGUACCAUGCCUGUAUUAUCCUAAAGCUCAACAGCUUCUGCUUGCGUGUAGGAGUGGUCGGGCACGACAUUCCCCUUGGCAUCUAGCUGAUUGUUGUUUGCUUCAGUUAAGAUUUUUCCAUCAGUUGUCUGGGCCCAUUUGUUUUCUUUCUCACAUGCAUGAUUUAUUCAACAGUUUGAGUGCCUGUGUGUAUACUGUGUGUGGAAUAGAGGAACCAGAAUGGGUUUGAUUCCAGUCCCUUUAAAAGCAGUGGAAGUGUUUCCCCUGUAUUUUUGUGGAUGAAGCACUAUUAAGCCCUUUAUAUUGAGUUACACACUGUACAAACAGUAGGUUGAAUUCUCAGUCCACUGAAUCCAGUCAGUACACAAGGAGGAAAGUUGGCUGAUGAGAAUCUUCACCUGCCCUAACAUCUGUGGUAACCAGUCAUACUCUAAUUAGAGUAUAACAGGUAGGCACUGAACACCGUAAGAGAAGAAACAUACCCUGGCUUGUUUGCUUGCUGAGGGAAGGGCUGCUCAGUUACGUGCUAGAAAUCUUCAGCUGAAUGAAACAUCACCUGCAGUUUUAAGCCAAAAUUGUUAAUACAUGAAACCAAUAUGAAUGGUGUUUUUUUUCUGAACAAACUCUAACCUAAACAGAAGGACUUCUGCAUGUGGUUUCUUUAACCUUCCAGGGAACAGUAUUCCUCUUCACCUGGUGCAUUCCAAAUUUUUCCAGUUACCAGCAGUUUUAUGCAAAUGAGGAACUGACAAAUGAAACCUCAUACAACAAGUAGUAGAGUUAGUAAUUUGGUUUCACUGGCCCAGGUCAUGAUUGUGUCCUUCUGAUGGCACUUACAAGGAGUCUUGGCGUAGAAAGAGACCUCAUUUCUGCCCCAGCAAAAUGCAAGGAAUAAUUGUCAAAUAUUUGGAAAGUAAAUAAAAUUCCCACCAUACUUCCCAUUUACUUGUCAGAAAAUGCUACAGGAUAAGAUUAUCUUUUUGAAAAUCAUUUAACAGAGUCCCUUGAAUUGAGGAUUUUAAUAACAUAGAGAAUAGCCCAUAUUAGAGAGAUAAAUACUGACAAAUAUAUAGAAUUUUAAUGAAAGGAAUGGAAAUUAUGCAAAUAUCUGGAUGUGCAACUGGAUCCUGAAUUAUACAAAGAACAAAUGAAAGUGACAGUUGUUUUAUUUUUCAUUGAGAUACAAUAUAGGAAGCAAAUUUAAAAGCCUCUUCCAAAAUUAUCACUUAAGUCCUGAAGAUUGCUAUUGCAUUCAGCCAAAAAAUAGAUGUUACAUUUUCUAUUCUAUUAGUAAAUCCCUGGUUUCCUGUGGAUAACUGAGUUCUUCUAGGAAGAAUGUAGCAGUGUUCAGAAAUAUCUAGUUCUUUCAUACAUACAGUAAUUCCCAGUAGUUAAGUGUGUUUUUCCCAAAGCUUUUUUUCAGUUGUGCAAUAAUUGUGACUGUCUAGGGGGUUUACUUAUUGUUUGGUUGGUUGUUUGGUUUGUUUAGGUUUUGGGGUUUUUUAGGGAUUUUUGAGUGUUUUUUUUUAAGAUAAUUUAAAGCAGAUUUCCUGUUAAUGUCCAAAAGACAAUUUAUUUAUCUUACAUAAUGUAAUAAGUGAUUUAGGGAUUAUUUUAUUACUAUGUAUCAGUGGGUUAUACACACUUCCUGAUUUAUAUUUAUAAAGCAUCUUUGUAAGUAAUUGCUUGCUAGCAGGAUGUUUUGCUGCAAGAAAUUAAAAAUGCAUAUAAGAAGACCUGGUUUUGCUGGAUAAUGUGCAGAAUUUCAUAAUGCAGGCAGGCAAAAAUAUCUGUUGGCAGCUGAACACAGUGAGUUUGCUGUGAAGGACUGUGUAGAUUACAAAGAAUGUAGAUGACUUCUUUGGGACCUGCAGAAAUUUGUCCUUCUCCACUGUUUUCCUCUUUUGUUUCUAGCUUAAUUCACUUGGGAGCUUCCAGCAGAGUCUAAAAAUUGGUAAUUGAAGUUUGGUAUGAAGUGCAGUAUGCAUGGAGUGGCAAAUUUAACUUGAAACAGCAAGAAUAGCAUGGUUCUGCAAUGUGGUAAGAAACCGUAAGGAGGGGAAUGAAAGAGCAAAAAGAUGAAUUAUUACAUUAAUAAUUUUGCACUCAGUUCCAGAGGUAGCAGUGAUACGUGUCAUGGGCUGCCUGAGUACCAGUAAAUCUGCACAAAGCUUCGUAUCAGUUAAAUAAACUUUCUGUUAUGCAACCACAAGUAAAACAGUUCCACAUUUCUCUCUUCAGUUUUGCUCCAUUGUUUUUAUGAAGAUGCAUGAAAGUCUACCGGCAUCAAAGUUCUUUGAUGAGCUUUGAGCCUAGACUUUCCGUAGGUCCAGGCUUUCCAUGAUGUGACUUUUUAAUAUCCUCUCAUGAAUUCCAAACAGAUUUUGGAGCUUGCCUGGUCAUUGCCUUAGACAUUUUCUGUGCAUUUGCUUUUUGCAGCCUAAUGUCUGUGAUCCUAUGUUAUGUUGGUGCCCCGUUACCUGUCAGAAACAGUUUAAAUCUGCAUAUGAAGAAUGCAGCAUGUGCAAAAACUUAUUUGAUUGAGAGAAAAGGGAGAGAAGACAGAGUAAGUUUUCAUUGGCUUUUCUUUAGCUUUUAUGAAUGUUUCCAAGAGCAACAUGUUGGAAACUGCACAUUUCUGGGGAGCCCAAACCACUCCAGACCAGCAAAUCUGACUCGAAGAUCAGUAACACAUGAGCCACUUGCAUGGCAUACUGACAGAGGGCCAACUUCUAGCCUCACUACAUGGUUACACCAGGAUACAUAAGAGAGUAGAAUCUGACCCAAAAUAUACUUUCCCAUUACUGUGUAAUUAUAAGGAAUGACUUACAUGACCCAUGUAUCCACUUAAGAAAGUUAUAAAGCAUUAACCAACGCCAUUUGACAGUUCUGUAUAACCCCUCCUGAAGAAUGCUAGAUUUUUGCUUUUUAUUCCUAUUUCUAGGACUCCAUCAAGGAGAGCAAGGUGUUUAUGUUAUGUAGAGAUUGAUAUAAUAGAUUUCCUGGCAUAAGAGAGCAAAUGUUCUUAUACUGCUGGCAAAAAUGGAAAAAUUCUGGUAAAUAAAUUUUCCCAUUUUUUAGUCCCUUCAUCUUCAAGGCAAACAAAAUCUACCAUCCGCAAAUACCAGUUUAGACUCCUGCUACCUUCAGGAGUUGUCUGCAGGUAGGCACCACAGGUCCUCUUUGCCAGACUGGAAUUUACAUGCACCAUUCUUCAAGGAAUAAGAUUAAUUACUACUUGUGAUCCAUGGGCUAUGAGUAUUACUUUAUCUUUGUAUUUAUUUAAUUUUCGUCUGAAAAAAAAUCCUGCAGAGAAGUUCUAAGAUUAAAAGGCUCAGCUUUGUGUGUUGCCUGAUAAUCUCUGAAGAUGUAUCAGGUGGUAAUGUCUUUGGGCAUUUUGAUUGCUGCUGCAUCUAGAAAAUUAGAUUUUUAUGACAAAAGCAAUUAACCAAAUAAAUGAAUGAAGCAGGAUUCAGUGAAGCAGUUCUUGCUAAGAAAAUUAAGAACUUCAUCCUUCAAGUUUUGAUUUUACAAACUGAUCUAUAGUGAUAGAUUUGUGCUUCAAGGCAAAUUGUUGUGGAGAGCUAAUGCCAGUGCUCAGGUUUGCUGAUCCAGAGCUGACUGCAGGAUCAAACCAAAAUGAUUGUGUGAGACUUAAAUAAAUGGAAAGUAUCAAAUACUUACAUAUCCAGAGCAUUCAAUAAAAAAUGGGUUAAGAUUAAUAAUAUUAAAAGAUUAAUAAUAAAAGAGAAACAUUUUUGAACAGUGUUCCUACCACCCAAGUUUCAAGUAUUUCACUGGCAUAGUUCUCGGCUUGUAAUUCCUACUUAGGUUGUUGCAAGCUAUUUGUUCACAACUUUCCUAAUUUUCCAUUUGGUUCUUUUGCUUGCUUGAUACAUGUUUUGCCUUUGGUUGCCUUUUGUUUCACCUUUCUGCAUUCACUGCUCUUUUUUCUUUCUGUGUGUUGUGCGUUGGGGAAGGGUAUGUCUGUUCAAGAUCUUGUUGUUUAUUGUAGAUAAAAUAUAUGGUGUUGUGGAAUAGCAUGGGGAUGCAUUUGAUUGAAAAGGCACUGUAGUGUUUCCUGAAAAAGAAGGGGAGUUGCAUUUGUUUCUAAAUGCAUUAUUCUGGUACUAUAACUUUGAAUGUGAUUUGGGAUUUUUUUUCUUUUUUAUUUUUUCCAUUUUGUUUCGGUUUUGGGUUUUGUUUUUUAACAUUAAUUUAAUGAACAUAUAAUCAUGCAGGUGCAUGUGUUCUUAAGCCAGCAAGCCCAGCAUGUGUUUUCUUCUAGCUGUUGAAAAUCUGGUACUCGCUCUGUGUACUUUUACAUACCUGUCCAAUUUUUUAAAUACAUAUUUGGAAUCUCAAGUUUUUUUGGGUUUUUUUUGUUUGUUUUUGUUUGUUUGUUUGGGUAUUUUUUUCUCCUCAGUAUACCAUGGUAUACUUGAUUUCCAUUGUACUUAAAAACUACACUGAUAUGCCUCUCCUUUUAUGUAUUUUGUGUAAUAGAUUUUGCAGAAGGUGCCUAGAAAGCAUUGUUGGUUUCCCUAUAAAAAUGUGGUUUGUCCAGAUUCUUUACUGUCUACAUGAUUGAGAGAUGGACUGAUUGCCCUAUUUUUCCUUGAUGAUUUGGAGUUGUAAGAGUUGUCCAGCUGUUGCUUAAUAAAAUUUUGCAGACUAGAAAA